UCAUUCUUUGGUUCGUGAAAAAGGAGUGAAAAAAGUUUAGAAGAAAAAUUAUCUGGUGUCGACGAAGAAAAAGUCGCAAGUGAAAAUUCUUAAGAAAAGUACUUUUCUGCGUCGGAAAAAUGACGAUUGUUGCAAAAUUAGUGGGGCAAUAAGUUGUGCUAAUCCGUGGAACAGUUAACGAAAAUGGAUUGCCACCAGAUACUGAGCGGAGCGUGCAAUGCUGGCGAUCGUUGUUUCGCAGUAGGAUCCGUCGAAGGAGUUCCAUUUACUGCUUACGCGGCUGGAUGUAACAUUGUUGUGCUAGCAAGCAACUUCGAACGUGUCCAGAUUAUCCCCGGAGCUGUGCACAACUACAUUCGUAUUUCGGCUUUGGAUUGCAGCACGGAUACGGGCAAGAUAGCAGCUGCAUAUGAGGACAAAGUCUGCAUUUUCGAGCCGACGCCUCUGAUCCAUAGCGAGCGACUAUCUCCGCACGGGCUAGAAUAUAAAUGGGUACAGACCGGUAGUUUACAAGCUACUUCACACAUCAGUUCUUUGUCUUGGAAUCUAGAGGGUACACGAUUGCUGACCGGAGGAACUGUUUUACAAUUAUGGCAUGAAAGAUUAUCAAAAAAUGAUGACGACGAACCAACACCCGUUAAAUUUGAAAUUGGAGGUGGCGAUCGCGAUCCACGUUCACCGACAAAUGAAGAAGAAAAUGAUUCUGGUUGGGACUGUUUAUGGAAAUGCCAUACAGCCACACCAGUUCACCAUAUGGCGUUCAGCCCGGAAGGAACACUAUUUGCAACCUCUGGUAAAAGUGACCGUCUUGUGAAAGUGUGGUAUGAAAAUAAACAUAUUCUAUUUCCGACGAAGAGUUUCGAGCAAUCACAAUCGCAAAGCUUUUGCGGAUUGCCUGAAGUUAGUUAUGGAUUCGUGUAUGUGGCUCAUCCUCGCGCGGUGACCCAUCUCUCAUGGCGCAAAACAAGUAAAUAUAUGCCCAAAGGAUCUGUAUCAAAUAUGCUUGUCACCUCAUGCCUAGACAAUAUUUGCCGUAUUUGGGUAGAAACAGUCCUUCCUGAUGAUGGGCUUGUCAAUAUGAACCAGUUCGACCCUCUAGCAUCCCAGAAUCCGAAAUUCCGUACUCACAGACAUAAGCAUCGUUUCAUGCAGCGACUUAAGCAUAUGAAAACCUGCUUCCAUAUAAGACGACAUGCCAAACAUAACGGUACUAAUGGAUUCAAUGGCAUGGGGGCUGGAUUUGGUGGACCUGGAGCUGGCACCGGAUUUGGUAAUGCCCCAAUUCCGACACUCCCUUCAACGUACAGUGUACAUGAUUUCCAUUCCUAUGGUUAUCACGGAACAGGAAUGACUCCCGGGUUGCAUUUUCAUUUAGCUGCAUCAAUCAAUGCAGAAACAGAUAUUCCUUUGGUUCCAUCUAUGCACACGAAUGAUCCAUCGGUGCAACCAAAUUUCAUUCUUCAUUGGCUCAACAACAAAGAAAUGCAUUUCUCACUGCAAGCGGAGUCGAUUUUGCAGGAAAUGACUAGAAAAGUUAUCGAGAAAGAAGAUUUAUUAUCUGGGCCAAACAGUGAGGGUCAAUCUGAGGUCGUUCAUGAAGAAGAGAUGAAUACAGAGGAUGGAAAAAGGCGACCGAAAAUGAAACCAACAUUUUCCCAAGAAGAAAGUAACAGUGACGAACACCCCCCUUACCCAUCACACAGGUCGCAUUCGGUCGGUGCUGCCUCUCACGCAGGACUUCCUAGUCAUCAUUCCCUCUCGAACACAACUUCAAUCAACUCUCUGAUAAACGAUGGAAAUAUUCAUGUAACAGAUUCGCUUGAUAUGAAAAUCGAGUGUCUUCUCAGAGACUGGCAUCACAGCCCGGACUUGUUGUUUUCUAUUCAUCCUAUCGAUGGUAGUUACCUCAUUUGGGUGGUCGAAUGGCUUGACGAAUACCAUCCAGGCUCAUUCCGCCAAGCGCAAGUAUCAUUUUCCACACGUAUUCCUUCCGCAUUUCCUUUAGGCGAUGCAAUGUCUAUGUCUACCACAGUAGCCCUCUAUAACACGGGUGGAAAUCUAAGCUUCCGCGAUAUGAUUGUUCGUGGUCCUAAAUCAACGAAUGGAAAUUACAGCAAUCAGACGGAUAUAAACAGCGAUAUAAUAACAUCUCUGCCCAGUGUUAUGGAGGAAAAUGAAGUAAACGAAGAAGAAAAUGAGAAUGCUGACGAAGAGGGCGUAGCCUCGAAGGCGCCAAAGAAUCAAUCUGAGAACAAUGGCAAUGACAAUGGUGGUGAACAUUCAGAUAUUUUGACAGCACCUCCAUCUCCCACUAUUUCGAUGGUUACAAAGCACUCAAAUGGUACCCUGAAUCUUUGGCAGCUUACGUUUGCCGACAAAACGAAGUUUUCCCAAGUACUCAGCAUUGGCCAUGCAUCACGUGCUUCUGGUCACCGUUUCCGUGUCAACGAUAUAACUUGUCAUCCAGUGCUACCCCUGUUACUGACAACCUCCCAUCACAAUAUACCGGACAUUCCAAAUACCACCAACUCGGGUUGCCAAGAUGGUAAUCAAAAGAUUCAUCGUCCCAAGGAUAUCUGUGCCCCUUCAGGAUUUUGUUCGGAGCUUAUUCUUUGGCGUGUUGAUGCAGUUGGUCCAUUGUCAAAAUCUGGAGGUGUGAGCGAGUUGGCGCGAAUUAAUUCCCCGGAAAUAUCCGCUUUCAGCAAUGUAGCAUGGAUUCCAACGCUUUUACCAAGCACAACUUUGGGUAACAUUAGCAAUUCACCAUCUGCUUGUUUCGUUGCAAGUGACGGAGAAAGCUUGCGUGUAUACCAAGCUGUGAUUGAUGCCAGGACAUUGCUAGCGGAAAUCUCUAGCUCUGAAAGACGUUUCCGCCGAAUGGAUUCCAUGGUUUCGCUGUCCACAGAAUCUUCCUUAGACCACGCAGAAGGUGCUCAGCACGCAUUACAUGAUAAAAUAAAAAUUGUUUCUCAGCAGUCUACCGCUCGACCAGGAUGUAUUAUACAACUGGAUGCCAUUAAUGACGCUAUUCACGAUUGGCAAAAUACCCAAUUUCUACAUGUAUUCCAAGAACAGUUGAUUACAGGAGAACGUUCGGAGGAGCCUGCUAUUUUUGGGAAUGAUGGAAAGCAUUUUGGAUUGCUAGACGGCCAACUUGGGGCCAUGGUUGAUCUUCAACGCAAUUCACAGUUCGAAGAGCCAUUUUAUUUGGUAGUACUAGAACGAACUCAUAACGGAACAACAGUUCACAUGUGGCGCAUUGUAAUUGCUUCUCAACCAGCAGGUCCAGAUGAAAUGAGUAGUAGCAUGAUGUACGUUCCAGAUAGCAAUCUUGUCCAGGAUCUAGAGGACCCAGAAUUCAUUCAUCGGGCAUCAAUGGCUGGAGUACAGGCACAAGAUGAAGAAAAAGCGCACGUCGAUCAUAGCCCACAUGUGAAUAUAUCAACCACUAAAGUUUGCACACAGGAGUUGCCAUUACCUGAUGGAGUUGAUGUUAUACAUGCGGCACCGGCAGCUGGUCAUCUGAGCUCCUCGUCCAUUUAUCCAGCAUGUUUCGCCCCAUAUAUUGUUGUUACAGCUUGUUCUGAUUCUAUUGUACGAUUCUGGAAGUGCAAUGUAACAAAGGACACCAAAGACAAGCUCAAUUUCAAAUAUGAUUGGCGCGAAUGGGAUAUGAUUCGCAGAGAUCAGGAAUCUACUAUCGACGUCAACGGUCAGUUGUUACACAUUAGUGCAGCUUAUUCCGGAAGAAUAGCGUGCGCUUAUAAAUACGGAAAAUCGUUUACUAGGCCUACCAAAAGCAAUGAUCCCGAGUCUCGUUAUGUGAACUUGUGUGUGGCAAUUUAUGAAUGUGAAAGCACUGGUGGAAGUGAAUGGGUGCUAGAAGAUACUAUACAUCUAAAAAAUAUACACCUUCCUAGAAUACAGGUAGACCCACAUUUAGAUCUAAGCUACUUGUACGAUAACAAAACUUUGCAAAAGAAACAAAGAUUGAAUCAAAUGUUGCAAACAUUGUCUCAUGAAGAUACUCGUUCUACCAGAAAUGGAGAUGUUACACCAGAAGCGCUCACUAAGCCUGGUUCUGGUUUGUUAGCGGUUCCUAGUUUUAGUACAUUACAAUCGUUGCGUAAAAGCAUCACUGAACAUGGAAAUACUUGUCCACUGACUCAAAAGCAUCUUGUCCAACUCGAUUGGGUAUCUAAAGAAGACGGGUCGCACAUUUUAACAGUGGCCGUUGGUAGUAAAAUUAUGCUUUUUACACCAGUUUCCAGUGAUCUGGCACAAUCCAAUAUGAAAGCUAUGAAAGAAUCACAAUCGACUAACCGACCCCUACUGAGAAAAGCGAGCUCCCUAGCACAACCCCAUUUCAACGAUGAAAUAAGAUGGAUGAAACUCCGUCAAAUAGAACUUUGCACGGCAGAUGGUCUGCCUCCAUUGCCAAUGCAGAUUUCCUGGGUGCGCGAUGGAAUAUUUGUCGCGGGAAUGGACUCAGAAAUGCAUGUCUACUCGCAGUGGAAAGCUCAGUUGAAUAACUUCAAUCACAUAGAGAGCGAAGAUUUGUACGACAAUCGUUACUUGAAGGACGAAGAUCUGCGAUCUCUGGCUCAAGAGAAUACCCAACGACGCAUGCCGAAUGUAUCUUCUAUGCCCGUGUUAUCUAGAAUCAGUUCAAUCAACUUACAAAUGAUGUCCAACGAUGGAAAGAAGAAAAAACCAGGAACAGCCAGCACCGGUCAGAUCUCCGGGGCUGUUGAACAACAGCAACCCUUACACGAUUAUAUGACCGAUUAUGGUUUGUUCGAGGCUUCUCGUAUCGCGUGUCCCGUCCUGCCUCAAUAUCAUCCGAAACAAUUAAUGGAACUGCUGAACUCUGGUAAGAUCCGCUGGGUUAAAGCAAUCUUGGCCCAUCUGGUACGUUGCAUCAGUGGUUCGUAUAGUGUACGGGGUGGCGGUGGAGAUGAAGAAAGUCUCAACAGACAGCGUGGUUGGUCUAGAUCUCGCACACUUUCUGUUAGCUGUCCGGCAGGCACUGUUAGUCCUCUUGAACCGAGAGGAUCGACGACACAGAUUCCAGAAGAACUUACACUUGACUAUGCUGAAAUAACAUCAAUCCCUCCGUUGCCCUUAUGGACACUGCUGACAGCCGAUAAAGAAACUGUGGGUAUUACGGCCCAGCAAAGCGAAGAAGUUAAGGACUACAACGAACUAUUCGAAAGCAACGUUGUUGACGAGUCAUUGGAUGAUCUACUAGAUGACGAGCCUGACAUCAAUCGUCAUGCCGAUAGACGUUCGUCUCUACCGGAGAAGCAUUAUUUAUCUCAUUUUGGCCCUAGACAAGGUCAACUGUUAUCCCGUUUACUAACGCACACCCAUCUGCCGGGAUUGUCCUCUCUGGAUCAAAUGCACCUGCUGGCACUGGCAGAUACGGUAUCAACGUGCAAUACGGACUUUGCGGAACGAUUCGCCAUCGAUGCAGCCAAAACAGCUAUUGCGAAAGAAAAUCUAACAGGUGUUCCUAACAACGAGAAUGUUUCCACCGAUUCAUUGGAUGAUUGUGGUUUACGGUUUUUGCUAGCGAUGAAACACUACAACUAUUUGCUCCGCUGUUUGCCGAUAGCUCAAAGGCAGUCCUUCCAGAAGCAGGGUGUCGGUACGGCUAAUAUUGUAUGGGCGUUCCAUUCAGAGAGUGAAGAAGAAUUGCUAAACCUAAUUCCGUCAUAUGCCAAGGGACAACCAAAAUGGCAUGUCCUGAAGGAAUUGGGUGUAGGAUGGUGGCUGAGAAAUAAUAACCUGUUGAGACAAUGCAUUGAACGUUUGGCUAAAGCGUCAUUCCAAGCACAUCAAGAGCCACUGGAUGCUGCAUUGUAUUACAUGGCAAUGAAGAAAAAAUCCGUUGUAUGGGGACUGUUCAGAUCCCAGAAGGAUGCUAAGAUGACAGCAUUUUUUGCUAACAAUUUCAACGAAGAUCGAUGGAGAAAGGCUGCUUUGAAAAAUGCAUUUGCUUUGCUAGGCAAACAGAGAUUCGAACACGCAGUUGCCUUUUUCCUUUUGGCAAACUCUCUCAACGACGCACUAGAGGUUUGUCUAACUAAACUACAAGAUCUACAAUUAGCACUAGUUAUUACUCGUUUGUAUGAAGGAGAACAUGAUGCCACGCCUCCAAGCUUCAAACGUCUGUUAUAUGAAGAGGUCCUAGGGUGCGAUAAAAAUGGCGAAAAUCAAGAUCUUUCUCGCGCACACCCUGAUCCGUUUCUACGUUCAAUGGCUUUAUGGAUACUGAAGGACUAUUCUGGAAGUUUGAGUACACUACUGAAUAGCAAUGUAGGAAGCAUGCAUCCUCUGUUCGAUGACGAAAAUUAUACAUCCCAAUCUGAUACGUCACAUUCAACGAACCCGAACGUCUUCAAUUUUUACGUUUACUUACGCACGCAUCCGUUGCUCAUCCGGCAGCAUAUCGCUUCUUCUGUUCAGGAUAAAAAGCGCGCCCAAGUGGUUUUGGCCGGAUUUAGCUAUGGCAGCGAAACGAGUUCUGCUAAACCUGCACUUGCUACGGAUAAGCAAAUUCAACUUGAAGAUACUAUAACACCACUAGAGCGGCAGUUGUAUUUUACAACAGCACAUGCACAUUUCAAAGCUGGAUGUCCGGCUCUUGCCCUAGAGGUUCUUAGCAAAUUACCUACCAAAGUAAUUGACCAAGAUGCCAGCAGUCAGAUACAAAGUCCCAACGAUGCAAAAACACAAUGUAAUUCAAUUGCAACGGGAAUUCUAGACUGGAGUAAAACUAGUCAAGCAGAUUCUGGCAAGGAAACAGCCAAUUCUAUCGAUUGGGGUGCUCCUGCAUCAUCGACUGCUGUUGAUUGGAGUUCAUCAGCUACGUCCGGUUUUGAUUGGGGUGCCCCGAUAACAUCUCAAACAUCGAAUGGCCCUGAUGAGUUUAAGAUAGAAUGGGACGAAGAGGAUAAGCAAGAAGAAGAAGAGGAGGAUAGCGAUGAAGGUAUCCAAUUGAAAAAGUGUGAUCCUGAACCAGAGAUGGAAAAUGUCUCUUCGAAUGAUGAGAAUGAGAAGGGAAGCUUGGACAUCAUGGCACAGCAGUUGAAAUUCAUUGCAUGUUUGAAAAUUUUAAUGGAAGAACUAUCCACAUUGGCAACUGGAUUCGAAGUGGAUGGUGGACAAUUGCGUUAUCAACUGUACGUCUGGUUGGAACGCGAAGUUGAAGCUCUUAAGCAGUUAUGUAACUAUAGUACCGGUGAUUCCGAUAAUACAGCAAUUGAAGACAAUAGCAACGUCGACAUAAUAGAUCGUGACACUCCAAUACUGGCAAAUAAAUUCCCCCAGGAUAAACCAACAUUGCAUGAAAUUUUGAUCCAGGAAAAGCAAGAUUUUGAAGCAAAGGUUCAAAGAGCAGCUAAACGAAAACGUUGGUUGAAAGCUAAUGAAACCUUAUUGAGAACAUUGCUUAGCUACUGUUCUUUGCAUGGCGCAAGUGGUGGUGGAUUGGCGUCUGUUAGAAUGGAAUUAAUAUUACUCCUUCAAGAACUCCAACAAGAAAAGACACAACAGCAAUUGCUGAGCCCAUUACCCUUCCCCACAACGCUCCCCUUGUUAAGUGCUUGCGUUGCCGGUAAUAAAACCGUCAUAGCCGAUCCACUACGCUAUUUGCAAUCACAUACUCACGAUAUGUUACAGACAAUUGUGGACAUGAGAAGUCCUCCACAUGCACAGCGUGCUGCUUUCCCUAAUGGAAUAUUUGUCCUAAGGGAUUUAGGUGUGGCCCUUUCUGCUUGCAUCUACCAGUCGUUGUGCGAUUCGGACACAUUCAGUGUGAAACAGUCUAAUGCGAGUGAAGGAUGCAACAGUCCUGGAAUGGAAACGAUAGCAAAAUUGAACGCUAGCUGCCAAAGUACCCACCUUAUGGCAAACGCAGCCGCUCACCAAAGACGCAGAAAGUACUCGACUGACGAACCACUCUCUGUGAGUACUCCUCCAUCAAAAUGGCCAGGUGUAACCAAUCUCCGGGCGCUUCUGGCUCGCGAAAAGGACGAAGAUACACCGCGAUUAAACGUCCUCUUGUGUGAAUCAUUCGUAGCCACCUACAUGGCUUUGUUUGUAUACGCACUAACGACCUGCGACUGUCACAUUUUGUACCGUUUGGCUGGGCAAAACUUUUCUGAUUACACAUGGUCAACGCUGUACGGCGGAGGUGUAAAAAAGCUUCUUCGUAAAGCCACGUCUCAUGUACAGGCCGCCCAGCAAACGGUACAAGCGCAGGUUCAGCAGGAAAACCUCGAUAGCCCUGUAGCCGAGGGAAGCGUCUGGGGUGCGGUUACUUCACUAACGAAACAACGAGUGAAGCUCAAUAUGAAGCUACUUGGACAUUUUGGUGGACCGCAGGGUCCCGCUAACAUGAAGGAGGAUAAACCUACUUACCGCGAGCAGUUCGUUCCGCCAGAGAUGUCAAUGGUGUCUUUCUUCCUCAUUAAACCAAUACCAAAGGGUGAUCCCGAAGAAGACGAUUAUGAUUCGGCUGAUUCCGCUGUAUCGGAUCUUGACGAAGAGGAAGACGAUGAAGACGUUUUCAAUGAUCCAUUGAACAAUGAUCCCAAAGCUAGUCAAGUAUCGGCAGCAGUGAGAAAACACCGCCGUGAGAACAUUGAGCAUUCAAACCCGAAUUCGUACUCGUGGUGCGUUUUACGGCUUGCGCUUACGAGGAUUGCACAGAACCAAUUGCAAACGUUCAUAAACGUUGCAGGAAUUGAAAUGCAAGAACUACCAGUAUGCAGCCCACUCAUUCAUGGUAUACUAAGAAGUCUUUCAUCGUGGCAAGAGUUAUUAAAAGAAGAGCUUGAGAGCCGAGGACCGGCGUCAGUUGAUUACAUUCCAGGCUGUUUUGUAGAAUCCGAAGCAAAAGGCCCAGCCAUUCAUAAGUAUCGAUCCCUUUUGGAAAAGUCCAACACCCCGUUCACACCUUGUCUCUCAUCCGCUGCGCCAGCUCGGCGUCUCUGGAACUAUCUAGUGCGUAACGAACUUGUGCAGGACGUUUUUAUUCGUGCGGUAUUUGGUAAAAAGAAAACAACUCCUAACCCGAAUGAACCAACCACGGCUUCGAUUAAUGGCUCCAUAAAUGAAUCCGGAACACCUGUUGGCAAUGAAACGGCUACAGCCGGAUGCCAUACAAACCCUCAAAACAUUCCAGAGCCAGCGCGGAUAAUUCAUAAAGAUCAGGAACAAAUUUCUGCUUUUUGUCUGAACUUAGUCAAUCCUGGCAUGCUCGCACUAGCAACUCCAAGAGAGGUUCAGGAGAUGGACAUCUCUUUGCUGCUCGAAUCACCUCACUGGAUGGAGGACGAGUGCGAAAUGGAUAUAAUGAAUCUGAAUAAAGACAUCGAAACUUUACCUAACAGUAACUUCUUAGUUAUACAGACAGCAACAGACAAGCAUAUGAUAAACGCUGCACAAAAUUUUGGGGCACCAUCAAGUCCACAACCUGGAAUUGCAGGACAAUCAGGACGUGGAGCAUCCGUGAUCAAAGGAGCAACGUUUCCGGGGAGUCAAUGUCCACGCUUCUGCAAACUGGUUAUUGAGCGUUCAAAGCACUUGCUAAAACCGGUGCUCAAACACAAAGUGGACAACAUCAAACGGAUGAGUGCCCACCCGUUGAUGCCCUUGUAUUUAACUGGUGGACAGGAUGGUUCUGUUCAAAUGUGGGAGUGGGGUCAUCAACAGGUCGUCUGUACUCCCAGACCACCGGGAACAUUUGCCAAGGUUACCCGGUGCAGAUUUUCCCAGCAUGGAAACAAGUUUGGUAUUGCUGAUGGCGAUGGAAAUCUGAGCCUGUGGCAAGUAGGAUUAGCUAGUCAGAGCAAUCGACCGUUCUUUACCUAUCAAUGCCAUACUAAAGGAAUUACAGAUUUCGUGUUUUUGGGUUCAUGCAGUUUGGUUGCCACAGCUGGCCAUAGCUCGGAAAGUAAAAAUGUGGCAAUAUGGGAUACACUUCUCCCACAGAAGAAGGCGCUAGUAUCAGCAUUUACUUGCCAUGAUCAAGGAGCAUCUAGUCUAGUUUACGCUCCUCAGCAUCAGCUGCUGAUAUCGGCUGGUAAGAAGGGCGAUGUGUGCAUAUUCGAUGUACGACAACGAGUACUUAGACAUCGGUUCCAGGCUCACGAAACUCCAAUAAAAUGUCUUUCAAUGGAUCCCAACGAAGAACAUUUUGUCACUGGUUCAGCCGAUGGUGAUAUUAAGGUAUGGGGCCUGACCGUCCACACGUUGCUGUAUAGUUUCAUGGGUGAACACGCUCGUAGUAGUUUCUUCAAGCACAUCGGCCAGGGCGUAACGCAGCUGCAGAUCGACCAAGGUGGUCGUCUGUUCUCUUGUGGGGCCGACGGUUCGAUGAAAGUACGGCAGUUGCCUGAUCGGGAAUCAUUUGUUCAUUCAUUGUAUUAAUGCGAGACUAAGUCACUGACAACAAAAUAAUUUUAAAUUAAGGCAAGAGAUCACAAAACUAUUAACAUUAUACAGGACCGUUACGAUAAUCUAUACACUGUUAAUCAUUUUAGAAAAGGAAUAUUGGAUAAACUUUAAUGUAAUUUUGCCGCGUAAAUUAGGACGAUGUCAAAUAUUACUGCAAACAACAUCAAAGGUAUUUGAACAUUCUGACGAGACCCUUGCGAAUGAAUCCGAAUCGAUAAAUUCUUUGACGAGAAUAAAAUUACAAUUCAGAAAUUCCCAAAGUUGUUUAACGUGCAAAAUUAUCUUCAAACACCGACAUUUAAUGAAGUAAAUUUCUAAGUGAUUCUCUACUAUCUCCCACACUCUAUAUGAAGAAAAAACUUAUCAGGCGUUAUCAUCAAAAUAGGACAUCUGCUGAAAACAGAGAAAAAUAUUCUUACCGCUGACAAUACCCAUGUUGAGACAUGUUACAUACAACAAAUUAGAAAUUAUACCAAAAAUAUUAACGAUGAGAAAAGUAAGAAACGUAACCAUAAAAAAGAAAAAAAAUAAAAUAGUGAGAUAUUAAAAUUAAAAUCUAAUAAUCAACCGAGUAAGCAAAUCGCAUAGUUAGUCAUGAAAGAAUAUUCUAUAAAAAAGUUAACUCUUUCAUGCAAAAUAAGAAAAAAAUCUUUACAAAGUGGUUCACUCUGAUAUUACGAAAUUGUUACUGUCCCAUGUUUUCAGCUAAUUGAAAAAAAAACUACAUAUUCUUCAAUUUGUUUUUGCUGUAUUGUUAAAUUUAAGUUGGGUAUGGAAACGAUUUCUUUCUGCUUUUAAAGUCUAUAAGCGUAAUUAACAAAAGCUAUCGGCAAUUAGCAAUUAACGAUCCUUCACAGAUAUUUAUGUAAGAGUAAAUAUGAAAGCACGUUUAUGUUUCGCACUGCUUCAGAUCAUAAUAGUUUCAAUAUCGUUGAAAACAGAAACCUGUUUAAUCGCGUUCUCAAUCGUCAAACGGUUCGGGUGUUGCUAGUUCGUAUCCUAAUUUCAAUCAAACUUACUUGUAUGUAUAUACCUUAUUUAUAGACAAAGGAUGUUCAAACGCCAGCACAAUGACUUUAUACCAACCUGUUGUCACCUUUGAGAUUUUGAUUCUGGCAUGUCAACAAGUAAAAGUGUCGACAUGAAAAAUUAACGCAACACAAAUGGAUUACAACAGGUUGGAUAUAGAUUCAUUAGGCUAGACAUUUUAAUCGGUAUCCGCAAAAUAGAAAACUUCAGAUGCAUUAUAGUUUUAACAGAAUUAUAUAGAUAUAGUCAGAGUGGCGAAGGCAACCACAAAUCGCGCCGACAACAGUUCUUACUAACAGUAAACCAGAAAACCAUAGAAGAAUUUUAUUUAUAUUCAUCAAUAAAUGUUUAUCGUUGCCGAAA